AACAACAACAAAUCAAAACCCAACACAGGCAAAGUACUAUGACAGGGGCUGCUCCUGUCUCUGAUUGGUUUUUAAUUAUGUAGAGAAGGAGAAGACGUAUGGUCUUAUGCAAAGGGACUUCCUCACAUGUUCCAGCAGGGUGGUGUAUUCUACAAUAUUAUGAAGAAAACGAUGGGCAUGAUUGAUGGCAAACAUUGUACUUUUCCACAUCUACCUGGCAAAACCUUUGUUUUUAAUGCUUCUGAAGAUAGACUGGAGUUGUGUGCCGAUGCUGCAGGACAUUUCCCCAUUGGUCCUGAUGUUGAAGAUUUAGUUAAAGAGGCUGUAAGUCAGGUUCGAGCAGAGGCUACUACAAGAAGUAGGGAAUCAAGCCCCUCGCAUGGGUUAUUAAGACUAGGUAGUGGUGGAGUAGUGAAAAAGAAAUCUGAGCAACUUCACAAUGUAACUGCCUUUCAGGGAAAGGGGCAUUCUCUAGGAACUGCAUCCAGUAACCCGCACGUUGAUCCCAGAGCUAGGGAAACUCUGGCUGUAAGGAAGCAUAACACAGGGACAGAUUUUAGUAAUAGUUCCAUUAAAACAGAGCCUCCUGUGUUCACAGCUGCUCCUAGUAACAGUGAGCUUAUUCGAAUAGCUCCUGGAGUAGUAACAAUGAGAGACGGCAGGCAGCUUGAUCCUGAUGUGGUUGAGGCCCAGCGAAAAAAAUUGCAGGAAAUGGUUUCUUCUAUUCAGGCUUCAAUGGACAAGCACUUGCGGGAUCAAAGUACAGAGCAGACACCAUCUGAUCUUUCUCAAAGAAAAGUAGAAGUUGUGAGUUCUCCUGUGAGGCAUGGGAGUCUUCAGACUGGUUUGCCUGAGUCUUUUUCUUUAACUGGUGGCACUGAGAAUUUGAGUACUGAAACAACUGAUAGUUGUUUGGCAGAUAACCUGGAAGCAGCAUUUGCCACAAGUUCAAAAGCACAAAAAGAAAAUUCCAUGGAGGAACCUGAAGAGAUGGAUAGUCAAGAUGCUGAGACGACUAACACAGCUGAGCCAAUGGAUCACUCUUGAUUGAAUUAGAGGCUAAUAAAGGCAGAGUGUUUAUUGUGAAUAUGUAAUAUUUGUUGGCUGGGCCACAUAACUUGAGUAGUCAUUAAAAAUCUUGUACGUAUAUAAUUCAAAGAUUAUAUCUUGUUAUUCAGUGCAUGAUAGCAAGUGUGUGAUUGGCAAUAGCUUUUAAUAUACUGCUGCCCAGGCUGGCUCUGAAUUCUUGUAAAUUAGUUUAGAUCUAUUGAAAGAGUUUCUUCCAUAUAUGGUGGUUCAUUGGAAGUUCUUUGUCAUUUUAAUUCCACGAAAGUCUUAAUUUUCAGACAUGAAAAUUCUCUUGCUAAAUGUUUCAUUUCUGCAAAGACCAGAAUUGAAGAGAAAGUGAGAGUUUGCACAUGUUGUUAUCAAGGUAGCCAUCCUACAUGUCAUGAGAAUGUCGAUUUCAAGUUUACCUGAACUAAAUGUAUCUUAAAAUACAUAAAACACUUUUAGACUACUUAAAAGUUAUAACAUUAUAGAAACAGCUAUUGUUGGCAAAAAUAUCUUGACAGUAGAGUGUAAUGACACAACAUUUUCCUGAUUUGAGCUAAGUUGGGAAGAACGAUCUAUCUUAGUAUGAUAAAGGCAGUAUGAUUCAGUUAGUUGGUCUGAGCCAAUAUGGCCAGUUGUGUGCUCUUGUUGAUAAUAUGUUGCCAUUAUUUUUUUAAUCUUGGCCUUGUCAAGUUCCACCUGUUGUUUUUUAAAUCUUGCAUAAAAGAGAAUUACAAUUUGUUUUAGAAAAUUUAAAAAUAAUGGUAGCAGUAGUUAAUUUGUAACUUGCAGAGUAUGUCAGAGUCACAGAGAAUUUAUCUUUAUGAAUGGGUUACAUUGUUCUACAGUUUUGACACAGUGGUGUUUAAGCCUAUAUAUGCUAAAUGUCUCUGAGCCCCUUUGAACCAAAAAUGUUUCCUUUUUUUUCUUAGAUUUUCUGUAAGAUUUUCUUUGUGUUGGCUUCACUUGAGUUUGGAUGCACAGUUUACUGCCACAUACCGUGAGCAACUGACCAUUUGCUUAAACAUUGCAUCAUUAACUCUUGAGUGCCAGUUCCCUCGAAGCAGCUUUCAUGCAUAUUCUUUAAAAGCAGAGUGUAUACUCCUGAGAUUGGUACUGCACUAUUGUAUUCUGUUCUGCAGAUCUGUAUUUGUAAAUGUAUUUCAGUCCAUCAUCUUCCCUUGUUUACAGAAAUUAAGUUGAAUUUGAAUGAAUGAAACAAAUGUAUGUUAAUAUAAUCUCUUAGAGCAUUCAAAGCCUGGCUGUCUCUGUUUGCACAUGUAACAGAUGCAGAACUGUUUGCAAUUCUACAAAACUAUAUGUCAGAAAAUACAUUAUCAGGUGUUUAAAAAAAUCUCUACCUGUUCAUUGGAAAGGGAUAUAAGAUGUACUUUAACUUUUUCUAGCUAAGGGAGGUUUUGGUCUUUUUCUGUGACAGUAUCUUUAACAGAAUCCAAAUACUAAUUACCCCACUAUGUUGAAAAAGGAAGGAACGGAGAAUCUAAACGUUUACAAAUGUAGCUGAGGUUAAGAUAAUGUACAACACACACACACACACACACACACACACACACACACACACACCCCUCUGGAUUAGUGUUUAUCAUAUCACAUGCUUUGCAAUAUUUUAUCUUCAUUCGUCCAUUUCUAAAUUUACUUUCACACACUUUAUAUCAAAGUACCAGGAAAAUUUAGAACUUUUAUAUUGUAUACUAAGUUUUGCAUGAAGUAAAAGAGAGCUACCAAAAUUCUUAACAAUUAGCCGUGCUUUAAAUCAAUCUCACCCCCCCCCAUCAAUUCACUCACCACUAUCAUUAUUUUGGCUUAUUAAGCCACUGAAAUAUUCUUUAAAAUUUUUUUUCCUGGCUUAAGUACAAGAAAACUAUUCAAUAAACAGAAAGUGUACUGCUUUAAAUAAAUUAUAUAAUCACUCUGCUUUAACAGAUGCUCUUCUGUGGCUUGGUAUGUUUAGUUAAUAACUGGCAGGAUAUCAAAGCAUUAGAAUAUCAGAAACAAAUUUUGUUUUUUCUGGACAUGGUCUUACUAUGUAGCCCUGGCUGGCCUGGAGCUCACUAUGUAGGUCAGGCUGGCCUUAAACUCACAGAGAUCUGCCUACCUCUGCCUCCCAAGUUCUGGGACUAAAGGCAUAGACUUACCAUGCCUGGCUAGAAACAAAUUUUAUCUCCAUAUUGAAUACUUGAAUUUAGUGUAAAUUAUGCACAUGUGAACAUUAGAAGAUGGGCUUAGUCUCUGACAAUACUUCAUUGUCUCUAGUGACAGUAGUGGUAUUUAGGGUUAGAAACUUAACUGGGUAUAAAUAACAGUUUGGGUUCUCCCUUGAUAAAAAAUAACAAACAAAAAACAGGCUUGCGAAUUCAUCAGAAUUCUCAAACAUACUUUAAAUCAGAUGAAAUUUGAAUUAGUGGUUUUGGCUAAGUUUUGAGAGGGUUUGUUUUAAACGUCAUCUUGUAUUUAUGUAAGUGUAGAUGAUUUUUUACCAUUGUGAUACCACUGUACUGCAUCAGCGGAGCACAACAGCUUGUGAUAGCAAGUAAAAGUGUUUCUUAGCCCUAGAUGUGGCAUUAUAACUGUAAUUCAAACCAAUUCAGUUAUAUUUUUGGUAUUUCUCUGAACACUGAAGUAAUAUUGUAAAUAUUUCUCUACAGUAACCCAUUCUGUAAUCAUACCAAGUUUGAGUUGACAGCCCAAAGUCCAGGCAGUUAAAGGUGGUGUAUGUCCAGAAAGCUGGUAAUGAAUGGUGGUUCAAUGAAAGGAAAUAAGACACUGCCAAGUAUUAUGACUAGUAUUCAAUUAGCUCCAAGGGAAUGGUUACUCAGGAACUAAAGAACAAGCUUAGAUAGCCCAUUCCUUUCCCAUCCCUUAAACUAUGUUUCAGGUGUUUAUUGGAAAUUAUUAGGAAAGAGGCCUGAGAAAUUUAGCAAAUGCUAAUAUUUGAAAUUUGCUUUAUACCUUCCUGUGGUUUUUAAUUUGGUUUUUACAAUUAAGCUUUACUACUAGCAGUUGAAAUUGUGUUGUGGAAUGUGCCUGUGAGACUAGCCACAGGUCAUACAAGUCUUCUGUUUUGUUUUUUGAGACAGGUUUUUUUCUGUGUAGCCUUGGCUAUCCUGGAACUCACUCUGUAGACCAGGCUGGCCUUGAACUCAGAGAUCCACCUGCCUCUGUCUCUCACGUGCUAGGAUUAAAGACAUGUGCCACCACCACCUGGCUACAGGUUUUUUUUGUUUUUAUUUUUCAACACAGGGUUUCUCUGUGUAGCCCUGGCUGUCCUGGAACUUGCUCUUACAUGUUUUUAUUGCCAUUAUUUUAAGGAUCAUCUUCAUUGGAUAUUAACAGUGUCUUACAUAGGGUCUCUUACCUCAGGGAAGAUCAUUUACUAGCAACUCCUAUUAUUGACCAGUUUUGGAGAAUUACUUUGAUAUAUCACAUGUUAACUACCGAAUGCAAAAAAGUAUUGUUUUAUGUAGUUACCUGCUGUCUGCUACUGAACAUUUCUCUAGAUAUUUAGGACCUUACUAAUAAGUAACAUUUAGAUAUGAAAUAAACAUCUAAGUUCUGUCACUAGUUAUACUCAUCACUAUAGUGAUAGUAUAAUUUUUUAUUUUAGAACAUUAAUAAAGUUUUGUCCUCAUUUUUCAACAAUCUAAUUGGCCCAAACUUAAAAUACUCAAGUGCAAAUCUUGUGCUUUUUUUCCCCAUAGAUCUAAAAGCAAGGUCUCCACCUUAAGAUUCUUAUAAAAGCAGAGCCCUUGCAACAUUGGUUUUAAUUCCACUCAUUUUAACGUAGACUUAAAGUUACCUUUUAUAACAGAAAUAGAUGCAUAUUCUAGGUUGGCUAGAUGUUCUACUUUCCAAGACUGUCAUUUAACAAAAUUGUACAACACAGAGGCUUUUCACAAUUUGAUUAUUUUUUCAAACAAGAACAACUCAUGAAAAUAGGCCAUAGUAGCAAAAUCUGUAUUUAAAGAAUAAAAUAACGAAGGGGAGACAGAUCACUAAUGUCACAGAGUUAAUUGCAAGUUCUGCCAUUCUUUGAGAUGCCAAGUGUUUCAGUUCAUAUUUAAUGAUACUCAAAUCGUGGAAAUUUUAACGUUUGUUCCAAAAUAGCAGAAACUGUAAAAAAAAAAUUGUGAAUUAUUGGAUAAAAUGCCAUUACUUGUAUAUCUUACAUUUAAAGUUUUUAAUUAUGGAGUUGACAUGUUUUUGUAGUAUAAUACAAUGACUAUUCUCUUGUAAAAGAAAAGGAAAAACUAGUAAAGAGAAGAAAAAGUUUUAA